GGUCCGAACAUGGCGACCGUCCGGUCCCUGCACUGGAGUCUGAGACGAGCCGGGGCCUGGCUGCUCCCGCCGCCCCCGAGCUGUCCCCAGCGGGCUCUGCACAAGCAAGCAGAGGACACCGAAUUCCAGAGCAUCUACAGCCUGGACAAGCUCUACCCGGAAUCCCGGGGCUCGGACACCGCAUGGAGGGUGCCGGCUGAAGCACAGCAGGCCAGGAACGACAUUCCUCUGGAUCGUUUGACGAUAUCUUAUUGUCGGAGUAGUGGUCCUGGGGGCCAGAAUGUUAACAAAGUGAACUCCAAGGCUGAAGUCAGGUUCCAUUUGGCAACUGCCGAAUGGAUCGCAGAGCCCGUGCGGCAGAGGAUCGCCGUCACGCAUAAAAAUAAGAUCAACAGGUCAGGAGAGUUGAUACUCACCUCUGAAUGUAGCCGCUACCAGUUCCGAAAUCUGGCAGAUUGUCUCCAGAAAAUUCGAGACAUGAUUGCUGAGGCCAGCCAGCCAGCGAAGGAGCCAUCCAAGGAAGACGCUGCACUACACAGAAUCAGAAAACAUGAAUCGGGAAAGGCUGAGGAAAAAGCGAGUACAUUCUGCCCUAAAAACAGACAGGAGAGUGGGUAUGGAUUGAAAUCCUCCUCCAGAGCCGGCAUGGCCCUCUUCAGGCGGUCCAGGCUGCCACAGCCGAGAGCAUGAACACCAUCAGGAGACCGUGUGUGUGUGUGUGUGUGUGUGUGUGUGUGUGUGUGUGAGAGAGUGUGUGUGUGUGUGUGUUGCAGGCCCUGGUUGCAGAGGUCUUCAUAGGCAAUCACCUGGUGU